UAAAAUAGCAGGUACAGAUAUGGCCAUGGUGGAUAUGGCAAGAAUGUGAAAAAACUGCGGACAAAGAUGUUUUCGGAAUAUGCACAUUUGUCAGCUUACGACAGACACAAGAAACUCGUAAAUGAUUAUUUGACUAUUUAUGGAAAGUCUGUAUCGUCUUUUCAGCGUGACACGUCCCGAGACAAAACUGAUUAUGACGUCAUCAGAGAGAAUCACAAGUUUCUCUGGAAUCAAGAGGACAUUCCGGACACCUGGGGCGCAAAGUUAGCUAAGAAAUACUAUGACAAAUUGUUCAAGGAAUACUGCAUUUGUGACCUGACUUAUUAUAAAUAUAAUAAGGUUGCUCUGAGAUGGAGAACUGAGAAGGAAGUAAUAAUUGGAAAAGGACAGUUUGAGUGUGGUAGUAAAACAUGCAAAGAGAAAGAGAACUUGCGUUCUUGGGAGCUUAAUUUUGGCUAUGUGGAACAUGGUGAAAAAAAGAACGCUCUAGUAAAAUUAAGACUCUGUCCAGAAUGUUCAAUAAAGCUUAAUUAUGGUUCGCAAAAGCGUGAAGUGAAAAAGAAAAAGGCUUUGAAACGUUUAGACACAAAUCAUGAAAGCAAGGACGACGCUUCUACCGCAUGUAGUCGUUUAGAAUCGAAUAUUGAAGCGGAAACAGAUUCUACUCCAACACAGGCCACAGAAAAUACUGAUACAGACGAAUCGAAUAUCUGGAAAGAAAAACCAAUAGAAGACGUGGAAAAGACAAGAGAAAAAGAAUUUGAAGAAUACUUAGCAGAUCUACUUAUGUGAAAGUAUUUGAGGUUUCUUGAUAAUAUAUUUAUAUGCUUACGUUUUGUUGUAAAUAAAAAAAUGCUUAGAGAAAUUUUACUUAUAUGUAUCUCUCACAUGUAUGAAUAUAUUAAAAUUGUUCUAUUAUCUAUAUCAAAAGUAUGAACCAAAUUUGAAAAAAGAUGAGAGGAAUUAUUUUAUAUGCAUAUACACACAUUUGUGUAUGCCUUUGCAACAAAUGUAGCUUAUUUUUUAGAUAAUAUAUUUUUUUUAGAGAAUAUACAUACAUAUUAUCGCUUAAUUUAUUUAAAAAAGAAAAACUAUAUAUUUCAAUAAACUAUAAAUAAUAUAAUGUGGGAAUUCUGUAACACUUACACAAUACUUUGUAUAUUUGUGUAUGGAUAUUAUAGUUUAUACAAUAGGGCAAAGAGAAAAGAUUACAAGAUAACAUUUCGUCAGAGAAGUUUUUUUCAAACUUUCACUCGUAAAUAUGUAAAGUACACUGUCAUUUUGUUUGAAUUAAGUUGAACAAAUAGUUCACAAUACUAUCAUCAAUAUUCAUUUUUCGUCUCUCUUUUAUUGUAUUUUUCUAUACUAGUUUAUGUCGUAUACAAAAGUGAAUAUUGUCUUAGCUUCUCACGCGGCAUAAGAUUCUAAUAAUUUCUAUAUUACAAAUAUGUUCGUAUCUUUUCAAUCUUGUCCUAAUUCUAGCAUAUAUAUUGACUAUUUAUGUGACAAAUUCAUUAAAGUAUACAAUCCUAUAAGAGUACAUAUUAUGUUCUGCUCUCUAGUCUAAAUUGCACAAUUUAUUCGCACGGGGUUUGUCAUAUCAUUUCCUCGAUCAAUGUUUCGGCAACUUUAACUAGUUAAAAACGCACGUAAACAAACUAACAUUCUUAGUCUUAUAAUAAAUUUCAAUAUUGACGAUAUUUUUUUUUAUAUUCUAUUUCAAAUUUCACUGUACUUUAAUAUUCUAUCUAAUUUAUUGGUACCUAGUAAUAAACAUGAAAAAUUGAUAUUCAACAUACAGUGUGUUCAACAAGAAAGUGACGCUCGUCAUUCUUCAAGGAGCCACUGCAGCAACAUCUUUCUAAAUUCGUUUAAACCUUUAUUUCGCGUUUUUUUGCAGUAUAGUAUAGCUUACCGGCACAUUGCGUAAUUUUGUCAGCAAAUUUAUUACCUUUACAAUGAGUACAAAAUUUCUGAAGCGACACGAGGUAGUGUUUUUAGUGAAUCAUGAGAAAGGACCAAAACUGACGGCUGCAAAAUAUAUACGGAAGUCGGAGGCAUUCGUCAAGAAAUGAGUACAGCGAUAUUUGGAAGUUGCGAAUGUAGAUGAUCUGCCGGAGAGGGGAUUAUCUCGCGCAACAAUGAAAGAGGACAAAGCGAUCUUGUGUCUUUUCAAAAUAAACCAGGCAUUUCGCUGAGCUGUGCUUAAAUAAAACUUCGUACGAAAGGUGUUAACGUCUCCCUAAAUACGACUCGAAGUCGUCUGCGUGAAAAAAACGUGUCUUUCCGAUCAACUUUGAAGAAACCUUUAUUAUCGGAAAAGCACGUGGAAAGACGAUUGGCGUGGGCAAAGGAAAAUUUGAAUCGAGAUUGGGAUAAUGGUAUCUUUACGGACGAGUCUUCUUUCUGGGCAUGGUCUUUUUUUGUCGAGAGCGUGGACAACGAAGAAUAAUAGGGUGCUUCAGCGCACAGUAAAACACCCUGUAAAAGUGCAUGUUCGGGGAUGCUUCUCUAAACACGGUUUUGGUUGCCUCUUUCUGUUUACAAACAAUUUAAAUGCGGAAAAAAUGUGCACCAUCUACCAGAAAUGCUUCAUGUCGUACAUGAAGAUGAAACUCAAAGGAAAGCCUGUAUACACGGUGAAGCAGCUGUCAUUUCAAAUAAAGAAGAUAUGGCCAUCUUUGCCAAACGAAUAUGCAGAAAAGCUCGUCGAAAGUAUAAAAAAAAAGAUGUCAAGCAAUAAUCAGUAAUGGAGGUGAUUGGACACAUUAUUAGAUAAUUGUGCAAUAGCUAAUAAUGUAUACUUCAAUAAAAAAAAACAAAAAACAAAAAAAAGAAACAAAACUUAGUCUACAUUUUUAUAUUUUUUAGAUUAUCACAGUCACUUUAUUGUUGAACACACUGUAUGCAGUAUAUUAUUUUUUGAUUCACGAUGGCAUGAGUUGAGAGUAAUUCGUUUCGCAAUAACGAGCAUUUGUGCGCUACUUAUUAUAUAGUGUUCCAACUAUAUACAAAAAGUAAUAACUAAAUAUAUUAUGAAAUUAUUCUCUCUGAAGUUAUAAAUCAAAUUUUGUUUUCAAGACGGAAAUAUUUUCUUUCAAAAUGAAAAAUAACCACAUUUCCUUUUUUUUCUUUCUUUGUACGAUCAUCCUCUUACAUCGAAA